UCGCACUCAGAAGAAAAAAUGACAGCUUAGCCUUCUGAUUCAAAAGACUGUUUGACCUCAGUUGCUAAUAUUAUCAAAUUCAGUAUGUCUGAGAAGGAACUGGGGCAGAAAUGGGACCGCUGCCUUGCAGACUGCGCUGUUAAAGUUGGUGCUGGUAUUGGUUUAGGUAUCGUCUUCUCUGUGGUCUUCUUCAAACGUAGGACAAUGCCAAUCGCAUUUGGCACCGGAGUAGGACUGGGCAUGGCUUAUUCCAACUGCCAGAAUGACCUGAGGUCUCAAUAUCUCCUACACAGCAGUGUUACUAAGGAGCAGUAGCACCAGACCAGUGCAGGAUUUCAUCUGUUUUGUUGAGACACAACUGACAAAUGUCUUUCUGCAGAUUUCUCCUCACCAUCCAACAACUCUGUGCCUGAACCGCGCAGUCUGUCUUCAUUUAAUCAUGUUAUUAUGAUAUCGGUGGAAAAUGUAGAUUUGGGAAUGAAUAUGCCAUGAAGGUCGUGCAUUUAUAAAACACUGUUUUAUGAAA